UGUGUACGUCGGUGGGUGUAUACGUGUAGACCGCUUCAACACAGCAGUAGUUGAUAAGGACGCUUAUUCUCUUUUGUUAAACAGUAAACACGAGUAUGGAAUCCAAAAUGGAAAUGUGUGCGUUUUGUUCUGCCGAAUCAGUGAUGGGGUUUUGUGAAAACUGUAAUUGCAAGCUCGGCUCAAACUGCCUUCAAAAUCAUAAGAAACUUCCAGUAUUUGCAGAUCACGUUACUUUUACUUUUGAAGAUUUGUACCCAUGUACCAACGCAGAAAGUGGGUUUAUCAAACUUACAAAUGAGUUAAAGUUAGAACCCGAUUUGCAUAAUGAAAAUUGUGAGAUUCAUGAAACAGAAAAAACGAGAAUGUAUUGUGAAAAUCACAAUGUUGCAAUAUGUGUGCGUUGUUUACGAAUUAAUCAUAAAGAUUGCAUAGAUAAAACUAUAGACCUUCUGGACAUUAAACUGGAAGAGCUAAAUGUGAGAGAGAGCUUGUCAAUUAUAGAAGAGUUGGAAGACGAAAUAACCAAAACUGAAGAUGGCAUAGCUGAUAAUGGUCAAGUGAACGAUGAUUGUAACUCAACAUUUAAGAGAGAAAUUGAAACGUUUUUCUUAAAACUUACGGAACAGCUCAGUUUGAUGAAAAAUCAAGCAGAAGAAGCAGGCUGGGUUAAACAUAAUCUUAAUGGCAAUGCACUAAUUAAACUUACUGUUGAAUGUGAAGAUGUAAAGAAGAUUGUUAGUGACAAAAAGAGGUUAUUAGUGGAUUUAGUUAAGAAAAAACAACCAGGGCGUCUUUAUGUAGCAAUGAGGAGUUUUCUUAAGGAAACACGAGACAUAAAAACAAAAUUAAGAAAUGUCUGCCAGAAAAAUCAUAUUCAAAAGUUCAGUUUUAGGCCAAACGACGCAUUGCAACAUGUAUUUUUCAGCUAUAAUUCCGUUAUAGGUAUUUUGCAAGAGGCGGCUACUGGUAGUGAUGAAUUUCAGGAGUUGGAAGUGCAGGUAAAGAGUAAUAUUCAUGAGUUCAAAAAGAAGCCAAACGAUGAAUUGGAACAUUUGUUGUUCAGCUCUAAUUCCGUUAAAGGUUCUUUGCACGAGGAGGCUAUUGGUAGUGAUAAAUUACAGGGGUUGCAAGUACAGACGGGUGGCAAUUGGAAAAGCCAAUACAGCGAGCUUUGUGAAUACCAUACAAAGUCCACAGUUAAAGUGUUUGUUUAUAAAGCCAGCAUAUGUCAUCUGAAUGUUGAUUGCAUAGUUAGUGGCUCUAAUGAAAGGCUGAUUCACGGUGGAGGAGUAUCGAACGCCAUUGCAAGAGGAGCUGGAGACGAACUUACGAAAGAAUGCGACAAGUAUAUCAGGACACACGGGCUUAUUCCUACCGGAAUGGUUGUCGUAUCAACAGCUGGGUGUCUAAGUUAUAAGUACGUUAUCCAUGCUAUUGGACCUAGAUGGGGUGAUUAUGAUACGAGCAGCUUAGAGGGUAUCGAAUCAUGUGGUGGGCAUCUGUACAACGCUGUCUUGAACAGUUUCAUUGAGGCCAACAAAUUGAGCAUGAGAUCAGUGGCAUUACCUGCGAUCAGUUCUGCAAUAUUUGGUGUCCCGAUGAACUAUUGCACAGUCCAGUAUGCAAAGGCGGUAUUGGACUUUUGCACCUUGUCUAACAAUACAUCACUGCAAGAAAUUCAUUUCGUUGACAUAAAUAUGAACACAGUAAAGGCUAUCCAGGAAUCGUUUGAUUGCAUGAUACGCCACGGAAAACCAGCACCGUAUGAUGCACGCUGCUUUCUUCCAGUACAAAAUGCAAGAACACUGCAACUACAAAAAACAUUGCAAACCGGAAGGCAAACGGUCGCUUCACAAAGACUUGGAAAAAAGCACAAGCAAGUCAAGAAAGACAUGAGCCCCCAGGGUGGUUAUGGAGGUGGUGGAUACGGCGGCUAUGGCGAUGGUGGAUACGGGGGUGGAUAUGGUGGCUAUGGUAACCAGACAUACAGCGGUGGUGGAAGCUACGGAAACGGUGGUGGUGGCGGCGGCAGCUACGACAGCUACAGUGGAGGCGGUGGUGUUGGAUAUGGCGGCGGCGGUUAUGGUUGUGGUGGCGGCGGUGGAUAUUGCGGCGGCAGUUACGGUGGUGUUGGUGGACAUCGAUAGA